CCGUAGCGACGCGCUGCGAAAUGCGGCUGCGCAGGGGUGACGGAGCGCGGGCCAGGGGGGUGGAGGGGGUGUUUUGGUUCUUGCCGCUCGCCGUCUUCCCCAGACCGACAUCUCUGUCGGAAACCUUCUGCUUCCUACCUUCCCCUUUCCCUUUUCCCCUUCCCUUCCCCGACCCUCCCUCCCUCCUUCCUUCCCUUCCGUCUACCUUUCGUUCUUUCACCGACACCUCCGGGGUCCGGAUCAUUUUUCCGGGCCGGGCGCCUUGAAGCGCGCGGCCCCGGGGCGCGGUGCAUGACCCACCGUCCGGCUACCCCUUACACCUCCCGCCCCAUGUGGCUGCGGGGUCGCCGCGGCGCUGCCCACUAUGGCCCGGAAAGCAGUUAGCAGGAAACGGAAAGCGCCUGCCUCGCCAGGAGCUGGGAGCGACGCUCAGGGUCCGCAGUUUGGCUGGGAUCACUCCCUUCACAAAAGGAAAAGACUCCCCCCAGUGAAGAGAUCCUUAGUAUACUACUUGAAGAACCGGGAAGUCAGGCUACAGAAUGAAACCAACUAUUCUCGAGUCUUGCAUGGUUAUGCAGCACAACAGCUUCCCAGUCUACUGAAGGAGAAAGAAUUUCAUCUUGGGACCCUUAAUAAAGUGUUUGCUUCUCAAUGGUUGAAUCAUAGGCAAGUGGUGUGUGGCACAAAAUGCAAUACGCUAUUUGUAGUAGAUGUUCAGACAAGCCAGAUCACCAAGAUCCCUAUUCUGAAAGACCGGGAACCUGGAGGUGUGACCCAGCAGGGCUGUGGUAUCCAUGCAAUCGAGCUGAAUCCCUCAAGGACAUUGCUGGCCACUGGAGGAGACAACCCUAACAGUCUUGCCAUCUAUCGACUGCCUACACUAGAUCCUGUGUGUGUAGGCGAUGAUGGACACAAAGAUUGGAUCUUUUCCAUUGCAUGGAUCAACGAUACUAUGGCAGUGUCUGGUUCACGUGAUGGUUCUAUGGGACUCUGGGAAGUGACGGAUGAUGUAUUGACCAAAAGCGAUGCAAGGCACAAUGUGUCACGGGUCCCUGUGUAUGCCCACAUUACUCACAAGGUCUUAAAGGACAUCCCUAAGGAGAACACAAACCCUGACAACUGCAAGGUCCGGGCUCUGGCCUUUAACAGCAAGAACAAGGAACUAGGAGCAGUAUCUCUAGAUGGCUACUUUCAUCUUUGGAAGGCUGAAAAUACAUUAUCUAAGCUCCUAUCCACCAAACUUCCGUAUUGCCGUGAGAAUGUGUGUCUGGCCUAUGGUAGUGAAUGGUCAGUGUAUGCAGUGGGCUCUCAGGCUCACGUCUCCUUUUUGGAUCCACGGCAGCCAUCAUACAGUGUCAAGUCUGUCUGUUCCAGGGAGCGAGGCAGUGGGAUCCGGUCCGUGAGCUUCUAUGAGCAUAUCAUCACUGUGGGCACAGGGCAGGGCUCCCUGCUCUUCUAUGAUAUCCGAGCUCAGAGAUUUCUGGAAGAGAGGUUCUCAGCGUGUUAUGGAUCCAAGCCCAGACUAGCAGGGGAAAAUCUGAAACUAACCACUGGCAAAGGUUGGCUGAAUCAUGAUGAAACCUGGAGGAAUUACUUCUCAGAUAUUGAUUUCUUCCCCAAUGCUGUUUACACCCACUGCUACGACUCGUCUGGAACGAAACUCUUUGUGGCAGGAGGUCCCCUCCCUUCAGGGCUCCAUGGAAACUAUGCUGGACUAUGGAGUUAAUGACAGCUAACUUUCUCCCAAAAUGCAGAGUUACACUAACUUCCACCCUCUGUUUCUUUGGUUCUUUCGAUUUUUUUUUUCCGAUUGUGGAAGCUCUCCUAUUUUAGUGGGAACACCAGUUUAUCUGUGGUCUAGGCACUUCAUAGGAAGAAGCUCUGUAAAGAAAUCCAAAGGGUGUUUUUGUUGUUGUUGUAUUGCUUUUUUCUCCUUAAGUAAUCAGAAUUUUCUUUUUCUUUUUUUUUUUUUGGUUUUGUUUCUGACUUCUCAACCAAACAUUGUUGCAAAUUCCUAUUUGUAUUUUUUCUUUAAGUGACACAUACUCCCCUGGCUUCUUGAGGCUGAAAUAACAUAGUUAUUCUCAUCCUUACUUCAUUCUUGAGAGGUAGGGCUUCUUUAUAAUUAUGUGGUAUCUGUCAGACUUUCUGUGAAAGUUUGGGAGCCAUGUGAGUAUGCGCGUGUAUGCGUGUGAACCUGUGUACCUGUGGGUACUGUGUGUCACUGAAAUUACCUGGAGUGAGGAUUACUUGUAAUUAAAAUAUUUAUAAAAGAAACAACUUAUUCACAGAGUCCAGCUUUGGGUUUGGCCUGUAUCUCAUUUUUAUAAGUUUUAAUCAACAUGAUUGUAGGAAGCAAAAAUCAGAAAGAGAAACGAAUAAAUCACUGGUAACACCUUUAAGUUAGCUCACAGGCUGCCUGGGCCUUCCAUGUCAGGACUCCAGUCCAGCCCUACUGUCAUCCCAUCAGGGUGUGUCC